ACUUACAAGUUUGAUUUCUCUUUUUGUCUUCAUCCUUUCCUUUAUUACCCUCUUUCUCUUUCUUUAUGCUGUGCUGUGUUCUGCUUUUGCAAUGAAUGCACCACCACCUUCCCCAUCAAUCCACGCCACCUUUCCUUAUUAAUACUCAAACGCUCUCUUUCUUUCACUCCCUUUCUCUCCUCUCUCUCAUCCACAACCUUAAUUUUCUGCAUUCUCAUUUCUCAAAAAGCUGGUUUCAUUAUCCGUUCAAAUAGCUUUCAGCAUAUUUUGAAUUUGACUGCUAAGGAAAGCCCCCUUGUUUUUUUCUGAGGUGUAAAGUGGAUUAUAUUUUGAGUUGAGAGAAUAUUUGGAAUCAGGAUUGUGUGCUUAGUUGACCAGACUUGCUAUCUCAGCAAUUGAUGUCAGAUCUACACUGAAAAAAGAAGCAACUUGACCUUAUAUAUUCAUCAGAUGUCUGCAUUCUGGAGCUGAACAAAUGGGUUGUUGUGUCUCAACAAGCAGUAAGAGUACUUGUAGCAGCAAGAGCAAUGGGGACAUGGUGUCUCCAUCUUGCUUAGAAAUUGGAUUCUGUGGCCAAAAGAGAACAAGGAGAACAUUCUCUGAUCAUGUUAUUUCUCUUCAUCAUUUGCCAUCUUUGCCUAGCAGAAUUUUCACUAAUGGAAAGAGCCGGGGUUCGUGCAUAUUUACACAGCAGGGCCGCAAGGGCAUUAAUCAGGAUGCCAUGAUUGUGUGGGAAGAUUUCAUGUCUGAAGAUACAAUCUUUUGUGGUGUCUUUGAUGGUCACGGUCCACAUGGUCAUCUUGUUGCACGCAAAGUGAGGGAUGCCUUGCCGAUUAAACUGCUUUCAUUUUUGCAUUCUUGUGAAUCGAAGCGAAAUGGUUCAGGUAAAACUUGCUUCAAAGGGAAUGUAAAACCUGAGGGUGGUGACUCUGAGAAGGAUUGCUCUGCUGAGGAUAAACUGAACUCUACGUGGAGAGAGGCUUUCAUGAAGGCUUACAAGGCUAUGGACAAGGAGCUCAGGUCUCAUCCAAAUCUGGAUUGCUUCUGUAGUGGGAGCACUGCUGUGACUAUAGUGAAGCAGGGUUUAAAUCUGUUCAUGGGAUAUAUUGGUGAUUCCCGGGCAAUCAUGGGAUCCAAGGAUAGCAAUGACUCCAUGGUGGCUAUUCAGUUGACUGUUGAUUUGAAGCCUGAUUUGCCAAGGGAAGCAGAAAGAAUUAAGCGGUGCAAAGGUAGGGUAUUUGCUUUACAAGAUGAGCCUGAAGUGCCUAGGGUGUGGUUGCCUUUUGAUGAUGCACCAGGACUAGCAAUGGCUAGAGCAUUUGGAGAUUUCUGCUUGAAAGAGUAUGGUGUGAUUUCUAUACCUGAAUUUUCUCACCGGCUGCUUACAGACAGAGAUCAGUUCAUUGUUCUUGCCUCAGAUGGGGUGUGGGAUGUUUUAAGCAAUGAGGAGGUGGUUGAGAUAGUAUCUUCAGCACCAACAAGAUCAUCGGCGGCGAGGAUUCUGGUAGAUUCUGCUGCCAGGGAGUGGAAACUCAAGUACCCUACUUCAAAGAUGGAUGACUGUGCUGUAGUGUGCUUAUUUUUGGAUGGGAAAAUGGACUCAGAAUCUGAUUAUGAUGAACAAGGCUUUUCUUCUGCCACCAUCCAGAGCAACCAUUCUGGUAACCCCAUUGAGUCAGAUGAUGGACAAAAGUCUGAGCCAUCAUUGCAGAGGAACUUCACUGUAAGAUCCUCAGAAGAAAAUGAGACUAAUGGAGCACCACCUGUUGAUGCUGAAGAUGGAACAUCAUCAACUGAUGAUCAAAACUGGUCAGGUUUGGAAGGCGUCACUCGUGUAAACUCACUAGUCCAGCUUCCUAGAUUUUCUGAGGAAAGGCCAAACUCUUGAAUUUGUUGGCUUCAUGGGGGCUGUUUAUUGUAAUACCUGGCACAACACUGAAUUCAAGAAAGAAAUUUUUUCUAGAAGGGGUAUCAUUUUGGUGCUCUUUGGUUGGAUAAUCAACUUGUAGAAAACUAAGAGCAUCUUCAAUUGUGCAACUGGUGGAGUUGCCUUAACUCACUUUUGAUGGGUUCUACAAUGCUACAUGAGAUUUAAGAACUUAAAUAAGUUUUUCUUUUGGUAUCGGUUAA